UUGCCAGACAAAGGAGACAAGGAGACAAAGGCUCAGCAAGAAGAUUUCGACUUCACCUUCAAAUCGCCGGACAUAUCAAUCGACAAAAGAAGGGAAUUAAAACGGAUUUGUCGGAGAAGCUAUGCAAAGAUCGAUUUCUAGAUAGAAGAGCUUUCGAUUUUGGUAUUUCAAUUACCGGAAAACUAACCUUUGACGGCGAAUAUAAUGACAACGAAGCUUUCAUCAUUUUGAAAAGAAAAAGAAACCCUAUAAUCGAUUUCGAAGAGGAGGGAAGAAACGAAAAUUUUUCUUUCUUUCCAAAACAUCUCCACCAAUCACGUAAGGCCACACAAAUGAGAACUGAGCAAUUUUUUUUUGGGGUCCGAUUGUGUUCUUCCUCUUCCUCUCUCUCGCUCUCUAUCACGAAUCUCUCAAUCGGAGAUUCAAUCGGACGAGAUUGAAAUCGAUAGCUACAAGACGAGAGACGGAGAGGCCAACACUAUAAAACGCAGGCUCGACGGCGGCGAACAAGCAAGUGGAAUUGAAAGAAUACGUUAGUGGUUCCUCUAAGGAAUCUGAUUACAAUCUCACCACCUCCACCGUCGAAUUUAAGAAAACUCAGGACUCGCAGAAUGAUUUUGUCAGCUUUGUUUCUUUCUAAAGAGAAAGCAGCUUCUUCGCCUUGCCUUGACAAAGAAAGAUUUGAUUUGGAUUCUAUACAUAUCGACAAAGGCCUACGGGAUGAGAUGGGUUCUAUGUUUUUUGUUACGGAGGUGGUCUUUAGCUUUGUUUCUCUUCUUAUGGUAAUGAGAAGAUGGGUUUCUGUGCUGAGCGGCAGUGGUUUGGUCACUAAUGUUACUCUGCGUCAGCCUGCUGCCUCUGGUGGAGUUGUGAGCUUGCGUGGUCAGUUUGAGAUCUUGUCUAUGUGUGGUGCUUUUCUUCCUACUUCUAAUGCUCCUGCUGCAGCCACUGGUUUAACCAUUCACUCAUGGAUUUCCAGUAGCUCUGCGAUGGGGUCUCAUUUGGCUGAAUCCCCAACCCCCACGAAAGCUUGUGAAGAGGUGGAAAAACCAUCAUUUACUUCAGAGCAAACACCUAGCAGUUCAAGAUACUAUCUCUGUGCCUCAGAGCUCAACUUUGGAACCACCGAGUACACAACUGCUGCAGUAGACACAUGGUCCACGAUUUGUUGUUCGUGCUCUAAUGGACUUGUUAUGCAGCCUCUGUUUCCUGGCGAAAGUGGAGUAGAUCAGCUUGUUGAAAUCAUCAAGGUUUUGGGUACACCGUACACAAACAAGGGAGAACCGGAGAAGAUCAAAGUGCAUGAAUUGAUUGAAAAACUUGAGUCCCACAGAAUUCUCUGGCAUCCCUCUUGA